AUUACGAGGUGAUGCAACAGAAGAGGCUCACAGCGGGCCGCGCCGGAGAGGGCCAUGAUGCAACGCGCGGCCAUUAAAAACUCCCGCGCGCAGCGAGUCGACGACAAGAUGGCGGCGGACACGGGACUGGUGUGCCUGCAGGACUACGAGCAGCAUGCGCUCUCGCGGCUGGACAAGAACGCGCUCGACUACUACCGCUGCGGCGCGGGAGAAGAGGACAGCCUGCAGCUCAACAGGACCUGCUUCAAGAGGCUGCGCAUCCGUCCUCGCUGCCUGCGCGACGUGUCACUGCUGGACCUGUCGACGAGCGUGCUGGGCGCGACGGUGGCGCUGCCCGUGGGCAUCGCGCCAACCGCCAUGCAGUCCAUGGCGCACUCGGACGGCGAGCUCGCCAGCGCGCGAGCUGCCGAAGAGGCGGGCGCGAUAUUCGUCCUCAGCACGCUGUCCACGAGCAGCAUAGAGGAAGUGGCUUCCGCCGCGCCGAACGCCGUCAAGUGGUUCCAGCUCUACAUCUACAGGGACAGAGAGCUGACCCGGGAGCUGGUGCGGCGUGCGGAGUGGGCCGGAUACAAGGCUCUGGUGCUCACGGUGGACGCCCCUGUGUUCGGCAACCGCCGCUGCAUCGCCCGCGACCACUUCCAGCUGCCGUCACACCUCCGGUUGGCCAACUUCACAGGAAUAAACGAAAGUGAAAUUCAUGACUCGAAGGGUGGUUCUGGGAUCAACGAGUAUGCCAUUUCUCUGUUCGAUACCAAGCUUACUUGGGAUGACGUGAUAUGGCUUAAGAGCAUCACCCAGUUGCCGAUCGUGCUGAAGGGCGUGCUGACGGCGGAGGACGCGGUGAAGGGAGCUGACGCGGGGGCGGCCGCCAUACUCGUGUCCAACCACGGCGGCCGGCAGGUGGAUGGCGCGCCUGCUGCAAUCGAGGCUCUGCCGGAGGUGGCGAGGGCGGUGGGCGACCGGGUGGAGGUGUACAUGGACGGAGGCGUGACCCAGGGCACGGACGUGUUCAAGGCGCUCGCCCUGGGCGCCAGGAUGGUCUUCAUCGGCAGGCCGGCGCUCUGGGGGCUCGCGCACAGCGGCAAGAGGGGCGUCUGCAACGUGCUCAGCAUCCUCAGGCGGGAGCUGGAGAUCACCUUCCAGCUCACUGGUUGUGCCAGUGUGGUAGAUGUGAGCUCCAAAAUGGUCGUUCACGAAUCUUCUUACUACAAAUUGUAAAACGAAAAGAGUUUUGUAAUCUUUGCAACAAGCUUCAGCCACAAAGAUACGUAUUGUUUUUAAUAACUAUGUACUACUUAAAAAAAUAUAUAUGUUGGUUUAAUUUUUUUUUCCAAAUACAACGCAAUUUACAAUAA